AUGAAAUGGCUACCAUCCAUCCUGGAGACAAAUGUCUGGAGAAGUAACUACGUCAAUUUUGGGACCUCAAAGCAAUCUGGAUUUCCUCAUCAGAAGAGAGCAUACAAGAUCAAUUCAAAAAUGAUGUUGACUUCACAGAUGGCCAACUAUGAGGUGAAGUUGCCAGGGAAACCAUCUCAUGACACACCCCCAGACAACUACCAGCUAUGUAGGCAAUGUCUCGGAUUCUUGGUAGGCAAGCUAAAGGCACAGAAAACUAUUGAAGAAUAUGAUGGUGUAAUCAAAGAUCAGCUCAAAAUGGGAAUCAUUGAAGAAGUCAACCCAAGUGGUGCAUCAACAGUUGGCAUGAUACAUUAUAUUCCUCACCAUCCUGUUAUCAGACAUGAUAAUAAUACCACAAAGCUCAGGAUUGUUUUGAACGCGUCAGCGAAAGUUAAUAACAAUCCAUCUAAACGAAUGCUUGUAUAAAGGCCCAUGCCUUCUGCCAAAGUUAGCUGAUGAGUUAAUGAGAUGGUGGACAAGGUGGCCCUGAUUGCAGACAUUGAGAGAGCUUUCUCAAUGGUCUCUGCGUUACCUGCAGAUCGAGAUGUUCUUCGGUUUCUGUGGAUUGAUGAUACAAACAGUGAUAAUCCUAAGGAAGUCAUAUAUUGGUUUUGUUGUGUGGUCACAUUCGUUUUCCAGUUUGAUGACAUAAUCAAACUAGUGAGUGAAUUGCCUUCUAGUAAACAAAGUAUUUUAAAGAUCAUUGCCAACAUGUUCAACCUGUUGGGUGUUCUUACCCCUGUAUUUACUGAGAUGAAGGUUUUAUUCCAAGAACUUUGUGAAAGCAAAUUGGGCUGGGACGAACCUUUAUCCGAACUGUUGUAUCAUAAGUGGCAAAGGUGUUGCAAUGAAUUGAACAAGGUUGGAUACAUUGAAAUUCCACGGUGUUACUUGAGUAACUCGUCAGACAGUUCUAUUUCUUAUCAGUUGCAUGGAUUUUGUGACAGUUUGUGUGUCUGUUAUGCAGCUGUUGUCUAUUUGAGAGUAGAGACCGAGGUUGAUAUCUGCAGUUCAUUAGUUAUGUCGAAGGACAAGAGUAGCUCCACUUUCCCAGACUUCAAUACCAAGACUUGAACUAUUAUCUGCUUUAAUCCUUGCACGGUUAAUGGCUAAGGUUACAUCAGCGCUUCAAUCGGUAAUCGGUAUUGACAUAAUAAAAUGCCGGACAGACUCGAUCACAGCAUUGUUUUGGAUUCAAGGGAAAGAAAAGGAAUGGAAGACAUUUGUGGAAAACCGAAUCAAUGAAAUUCGUAGUUUAGUGCCAGUAGAAUGUUGGUUUCACACUCCCGGAAGGGAUAACCCAGCAGACAUUCCUUCGUGGGGAGCAAAGGCAUCGCAAUUACAGACUAGCGACACUUGGUUUCAUGGUCCUUCGUGGUUGGUUUGCGAUGAAGGUGAAUGGCCAGCUUCUAAACCUCUUUCCCAACCUUCAGACAAAUGCAAUCAAGAACUAAAGUUAAAUUGA